UUUUUCAGUAGAUUUGAGCGAGCCAUUGCAGCAACACACCAUUACGAAAUUCUCGACCCGGUCAAAUCGCGUAAAGUUUCGCGGGAAUUUUAAACAAAAACAAAAAUAAUGAAGAAAGUGUUUUAAAAACACAAAACUAAAAAUGCGUACACUAUUCGUGUUUUGUUUCGCGAUAUUUGCCAUUGUAAAUGGUCAAAGGAGAAAUUAUUCGUAUUUGAAAUGCCCGAAGGAAUGUUACUGUUUCAGGAAAACGGUGAGGUGUAUGAAAUUGGAACUUGCCGAAGUACCCAGAAUAUCUGAUAAAACUGUUACUUUUGAUUUACGUUUCAAUCGUAUCAGAGACAUCCCGAAUGGAUUCUUCAAAACUCACACUGGAAUGGUAUCACUUCUUCUCAACAACAAUUUCCUGACAAGCUUGAGAAACGAAACCUUCGCAGGACUUUACAGUAUACAAAACUUGUAUUUGUACAAGAACAGAAUCAAAUAUAUUGAUAGUGGCACGUUCAAGCAUAUGGCAAGAUUAGAAAGACUAUACUUGCAAGCCAACGAAUUACAAGAAUUUAAGGCACCAACCUUUUCGGAUUUACCAUCACUUGAUCGAUUAUACCUCUACAACAAUCACAUUAAAUUAAUUCCAAACGGAGCCUUUCACAACUUACCAAGACUACGAAGACUUCGUCUAGAUCACAACGCUCUAGUUUGCGACUGUAAGCUGGCAUGGCUCUCAAAAAUGUUAAGCAAAAGCCAUUCAGUUCUUCAAGCUUCGGCAAGUUGUGCUCAACCAACCGAAAUGACUGGCAAAAGUUUGAUCGGCAUGGAACACAAACAUUUUCACUGCGAACCGCCCAAAAUCGUCGAGAAUCCCGAGGAUGUUCAAAUAACUCUCGGUGGAGUAGCAGUUUUCAAAUGUUCGGUACAAAGCGACGAAGAACCUUCGAUAGUUUGGAUGAAGGAAAACGAAGAACUUAUUCCUGAUAAUAAAAAAUAUAAAUUGAUGGAUAAUGGUAGUUUAAUGAUACAGAACACUGAAGAAACUGAUGGUGGUUUUUAUGAGUGCCUUGCCAAAAAUCCUGAAGGAGAAGUGAGGUCUAGACCUGCAAGAAUGGUAGUUUAUAAUAGUAUACAAAAUGAAGAGCGUGGAUUUUAUGGUAUGCCUAAAUUGCUUAGCGUGCCUCAGACAGUGUCUGUGACCCCUGGAACACCUCAAGUUAUCUUUGAAUGUAGAGCCACGGGUUACCCACAACCACAAAUUACAUGGUCUCAUAACGGAAGAGCAUUAGCAGCAACUUUACGUCACAAUAUCACUCCAGAAGGUACUUUAAUCAUUCGAAAUAUAGAGGGAAGUGAUCAUGGUACUUAUCGGUGCGAAGCUGCCAAUUAUAACGGAAGAGUUUCAGCUGAGGCGAAUAUUUUGAUCAAAGUUGCACCCAUCUUCACUGUUCAACCAGAGAAUGUGGAUACCUUAAUUGGUGAUACCAUAAAACUUUUAUGUGUUGCUUCGGGGACUCCUGUACCGCAUAUUACAUGGUUUAAAGAUGACUUAGAGGUUCUUCCAAACGACGAGCGAGUAUAUUAUAACAGUGACAGGACAGCAUUUGAAUUAAAAAAUGCUAAAGAAUCUGAUUCAGGAUUGUAUGUUUGCGAAGCUAGAAAUGACUUGGGGUCGAGGGAAGUUAGUGCAAAAGUUGUGGUAUCAAAAUUCGAUUCAAAACCACCCAAGCUAGUGUACAAACCCUACAACAUUGAAGCCCUUGUAGGAAGUACAAUCGAGCUACCUUGUAAAGCAACCGGAGAUCCAAAUCCAGGCAUUACUUGGCAGAAAGAUGGCGCUAGAAUGCAACGUACUGGCAGAUUCAAGAUUAGCCUCACUGGAAAUCUUUAUAUCUAUAAGGUUGCUGCUGAAGACCAAGGUCGCUACGAGUGUCUGGCACAAAAUGAACACGGUCGAGAUUCAGCUUUUGGCUAUAUAACAGUGAAAGAAGACCCUUCAGUCACCACAGGAGCUAUCGGCAAUAUUGGAGAUAAAUUUAUUAAAAUAGCUUUUACUGAGGCUUCAAAAGAAAUUGACAAGGCUAUCAAUAACACAAUCGACAACUUUUUGCAUAACAAAAAUCCCACUUCAUCCGAAUUGUUUAGGAUUAUCAGGUAUCCUGAUGCGCCAGCUAGAGAACUAGCUAGAGCAGCUGAAGUUUAUGAGCGUACUUUGGUUAAUAUAAGAAAACACAUAAACAAAGGGCACGUGACAAUGAAUAAUACUCGUAAUUUCAAUUACCAAGAGAUUCUGUCGCCGGAAAAGUUGGACCUAAUUGCUAGAUUAUCAGGUUGUAUGGCCCACAGGCUCACAACCAACUGUUCCGACAUGUGUUUCCACUCGAAAUACCGGAGCAUCGAUGGCAGAUGCAAUAAUCUCCAACAUCCCACCUGGGGUUCGAGUUUAACAGGCUUCAGGCGCAUACUGAAGCCCAUCUACGAAGACGGAUUCGGGAAACCAAUCGGCUGGGACAAAAAAAGACUUUACAAUGGAUUUGCGAAACCUUCCUCUAGAAAAGUAUCGACGUCGGUGAUUUCAACAACAAAAAUAACUCCAGAUCAAGAAAUUACUCACAUGGUAAUGCAGUGGGGACAAUUUUUGGAUCACGAUUUGGACCACGCCACGCCCAGCGUCAGUUCGGAAAGUUGGGAUGGAAUCGACUGUAAAAAGUCUUGCGAUUAUGCUGCGCCUUGUUAUCCUAUGGAUGUACCUGAAGAUGAUCCAAGAAUUAGUAACAGACGAUGUAUAGAUUUUGUACGAUCCAGCGCCAUAUGCGGCUCAGGCAUGACAUCCAUAUUUUUCGAUACAGUCCAACACAGAGAACAAAUCAACCAAUUGACUUCCUUCAUUGACGCCUCAAUGGUUUAUGGUUUCUCUGAAGAAUUAGCUCGCGAAAUACGUGACUUGGACGCUCCUUUAGGUCAGUUAAAAGAAGGCCCAGUGUUCCAGGAUAGAAAACCUCUAUUACCUUAUGCAGGCGGUCAAGGGAUGGACUGUAGAAGAAAUCUCUCGGAAAGUGACGUGAAUUGCUUUUUGGCUGGCGAUAUUAGAGCUAAUGAGCAAAGCGGACUCACUGCUAUGCAUACUUUAUGGAUGAGAGAACAUAAUAGACUAGCAAAAGAAUUAAGAUAUCUCAACCCCCAUUGGGACAGUGACAUGUUGUACCACGAAGCCCGAAAAAUCGUCGGUGCAGCCAUUCAGCACAUAACUUAUAAACAUUGGAUGCACUUCAUAGUUGGUCCAGGCGGUAUGAGAAAGUUGGGAAAAUACGAAGAAUAUAAUCCCCUACUGCACCCCAGCAUUUCGAAUGUUUUUGCUACGGCUGCUCUCAGAUUCGGGCACACUUUAAUCAAUCCUGUUUUGAAUAGGCUUGAUUGGGAUUUCAAUCCCAUAAGAGAAGGACAUUUGCCACUUCAUCAUGCAUUUUUCUCACCGUGGAGGAUAACAGAAGAAGGAGGCAUAGAUCCUUUACUAAGAGGCAUGUUUGUGACUCCCGCAAAGAAAAAGUUACCCCAAGAAAACUUAAAUACAGAACUUACUGAAAAAUUGUUCCACACAGCUCAUGCUGUUGCUUUGGAUUUAGCUGCAUUGAAUAUUCAUAGAUCUCGAGAUCAUGCUAUCCCAGGUUAUUUAGCUUUCCGCGAUUUUUGCAACAUGUCAAAAGUAACCACAUUCGAAGAUCUGGCCAACGAAAUUUCUGAUCCUGAAGUAAGACAAAAACUAGCCGAUUUAUACGGCCAUCCUGAAAAUAUCGACGUAUGGGUCGGAGGAGUCCUGGAAGAUCCCGUGGAACAAGGUCGCGUGGGUCCUCUAUUUAGCUGUUUACUUCUGGAACAGUUUACCAGAUUACGAGAUGGUGACAGGUUCUGGUACGAAAAUCCUUCGGUAUUUAAGCCGGAGCAGCUGGUGCAAAUCAAACAGUAUUCUUUGGCACGAGUUUUGUGCGAUAACGGCGACAAUAUUACAAGGGUGACGAAAAAUGUGUUUCUACUGCCGGAAUUGCAAGAUGGAAUUGUAAGUUGUGAUGAAAUUCCCAAGGUGGAUUUGCGAUUGUGGAGUGAAUGCUGUAGUGAUUGUAGAUAUACUGGCCAAUUGAAUACCAUCAGCAGAUUGAACGCCCGGAGUAGAAGAAACGCAGAUUCCGAAAAGAAACACGAAAAAGAAUUGAGACACUUACGAAACAAAGUGUCCGAAUUAGAAGACAAGUUGGAUUUGGCUCUAAGAAAAUUUGACGAGCUUUAACCCUGAAGGCGAAUAAACACGUUGCAUUAAGGCUUUGAAAUUGCAACCGCUAUUAACUUAUUAAUGCUACCGGCAUUUAUCUUUGUGUUCAUUUCAAGUGUAGUUUUUAGUUUUCCUUCAUUUAGUUUUCGUUGUGAUAUUUUGUAAUAAGCCCUUGUUUUUAUAGAUUUGAAAUGUGCCAUGUUUGAAAUGGCUUUAAAAAUUUUAAUCUAAGCUUUAAGCUAUUUUAAUUUUUAAUUAAACGUAUUGUCUGUCGUUUUUAAUUUGACACUUUCCGUAUGAGAAGCGAGGGGGUGAAGCAUAUGGCAAAAACAGGUGUGACGUCAUUGGUGUUUUAACGUAGGGAGUCACCAGCUCACAAUUUUUUGGAGUAGGUAUCAGAUUAAAAUCGACGAACUUUACAUUAUCCAUUUAGAAGUGCCUUAAAAAAUGAAUCUGUGCUUUGAAGAUAAUUGUAAAUGUAUCAUAGGUACCAACACAUUUAAAAUAAUAAUUCUUAUUGUCAGUUUUAAUAAACCUUAUAACAGUGUUA